AAACAUUCCUUCUUAUAACCUUACUUGUCAGAGUUAAUGGGGUCCCUUAGUUGUUUUUGUUGUUCGGGUUGAACUGGUAUAUAUUUAUUGAGAAACAAUGGACAAAAUUGAUCUAAGUGCUUCAUGCGUUUUUAUAAAAGAAGAAAUGACAGAUGAAACUGAGCCUACUUUUUCAGAUGAUGAAAAAGAAGUUCCAUAUGAAGAAGUUUUUGUUGCAGUUCCCUCAAUAAGUAUCAAAGAAGAGGAAAGUCCAGCCUAUGAUGAUACAAAUAACUUAACUUUUACUGGGACAGAAGGAACAAUAGAUGAAACUGAAUCUACUUUUUCAGUAGAAGGAAAAGAAGUUUCUUACAAAGAAGCUUUUGUUGCAGUUCCUAUGAUUAAUAUCAAAGAAGAGGAAAGAUUACAGAUUUAUGAUGCUAGUCAGCUUGUUGAAGUGAAACAAGAAGAAGAUUAUGACUCAGAUAAUGGCAAUACAAUCGGUGAGGUACAAGAGGUAAAUCAGUUUGGAUUAGAAGAAAAGAUAAAUAUUGAUUUGAAGAAACGUGUAAUCUCUCAUCGCACAGAUAAGAAGCUCCACAACUGUCCCCAUUGUGAUUAUAAAGCAGUAAGGGUAAAUAAUUUAAAAACACAUAUUAUGUCCCGUCAUACUGGUGAGAAGCCUCAUCAAUGUCCUCAUUGUGGCUAUAAAACUACGACAAUUACUAAUUUAAAAACUCACAUAAAGAACAAUCAUUCAGCUAAGAAGCCAUUUCAGUGCUUUCAUUGCGAAUACCAAGCAGUAUACCGUAGUAUUUUAAAAAGCCAUAUAAUGUACCGUCAUACAGGUGAGAAGCCUCAUCGAUGUCCUCAUUGUGAUUAUAAAGCAGUACAAACUGGUCAUUUAAAAAGACAUAUAAAGGCUCGUCAUAUCGUUAAGAAGCCUCAUCAAUGUCCCCAAUGCAAUUAUAAAGCAAUAGAUAUUAUUACUUUGCAGAAACAUAUAACAUAUCGUCAUACAGUUAAGAAGCCCCAAGACUGUCCUCAUUGUGAUUAUAAAUCAGUAAGUUCUGAAGGCAUGAAAAGGCAUAUAAUGGCACGUCAUACUGGUGAAAAGCCUCUUCAAUGUCCUUAUUGCGAUUAUAAAUCAGUAACUGGUGGUAAUUUAAAAGAUCAUGUUAAGUACCAUCAUACAGGUGAGAAGCCUCAUCAAUGCCCUCUUUGUGAUUAUAAAGCUGUACAAGUUGGUAACAUAAAUAGACAUGUCACCCGCUGUCAUCCAGGUGAAAAGCCUCAUAAAUGUCCUCAUUGUGAUUAUAAAUCAGUAACAAUUGGUAAUUUAAAAUUACAUAUAAAACGCUAUCAUACAGUUAAGAAACCUGAUCAAUGCCCCCAUUGUGACUAUAAAUCAGUGAUUGCUCAACAUAUGAGAAGACAUAUAAUGGCUCGUCAUACUGAUGAGAAGCCUCAUCAAUGUCCUCAUUGUGAUUAUAAAUCAGUAACUGUUGUCCACAUGAAAAGGCAUAUUAUGUACCGCCAUACAGGUGAGAAACCUCAUCAAUGCCCUCAUUGUUAUUUUAAAUCAGUUACUUCAGGACAAUUAAAAACUCAUAUAAGAACAUGUCAUACAGCUGAGAAGCCAGAGCAAGGUACUUGAUGAAGUACAUUACUUCAUUAGAAUUAUUUAUUUAUUUAAGUUCCUAUUUAAAUAAAAAUGGAACUAAAAAACGUCUUUGUUUUCUGUCAUAGAAACUAUAUAUUGUAAAUUUCAGUAGUAGUUAUUCGAUAUCGUUAAUACUAUAAUAAUACUAUUCUACUAGAUAUAUUUUUCUCUAUGGUUCCUGUAUUAUAAUAUAGGAAAUGUAAUUUCUUUUCCUCUCCUACAAAAACUGCCCCAUCCUCCUCCCCCCCCCCAAUUUUUCUAUGAAUACUGUGUUUGUGGUAUAGCGGAUCAAUUUAUUUGAUCUUCCCGUGAAAAGUUUGUGAAAUAAGACUAGUGGUUGGCUGUAUUGAUAGGACAGUGUAUUAAAUAAUUCAGCCUAUAGAACAUCAGACAUCCCUCGAGGUAUAUAAGAAGAGGAUAUAUAACACAAGAAUCUCCAGAUCUAUAAUAAAUGACAUUAAGAAAGAAAAUCUAGGAGAAAAAAUUAGACCUUAAGUUCUUAGGAGGAGCUUGUACACUGGAUCUAUGGAGGAGAGCUGCAGAGAAAGCUCUCUCUAGAGAACGGAGAAGUCAUUAAAUCAUCUAAGAGUGAUGAUACUGUAAAUUAUGUAGGGUGUACGUUCUCAAGAGAGCUAGUACCAAAUGAGGAAAUUGGUAAGCUCUUUCCUUCUUAAAUCGGAGCAAAAGAUCAACGUUGUCAACCAAUACAUGUUCCCAGGACUUACCCUCUCCAUACAGCACCCCUUACAAAGAAAUAUCCUGCAUAUUUUGAAGGAAUUGAUAGAAAUAUCCGCAGGAGUAUCAAGGCCAUUAUUGGGCUCCCCGCUAGUACAUCAUCAGCGAUUUUGUACGCUCCAAGGAGGUAUCCAGGAAUAGAACUGUCAGUGGGAAGCUCCUUUGCAACAUUCGUCCUCAUUGAUUGACAAUGCCGAAAACGUCAAAUGUGCAGAAAGCUGGGUGUUAAUCAUGGCCACCCAUAUAGAAAAUAGAUAUGUUACCUAAUAGCAAUAGUUUAAUGUAGUGUAUUAGUUAUAUUUUAUCAUUAGUAUUAUAAAGGAAAAAAACAAAUAUAUAAUAAUGUAGUUGUUAUGUAAGCGUUAUGUCCAUUUGGAUUGAUUAGUAUGUUGUAUAUAAAGCAACCCUAUGUAAUAGGGCAGCAUUACUUUCAAUAAAGUAUUUAUCUCCUAGUGGAAAACAAAGAUCUUAGUUCUCACAGAUCAUAUUAGCAGUGGGAAGAAUAAGUUAUAUAAGAGACUCAAUUGUAAAUGCAUUUUAUGCAAUUAAAAAAAAAAACUGAAAUUUGGAUGCGAGUAGUUUAUCUACAAAAAAACUGUACAGGUAACAAUUAUCACUUAUAUAGUAGAAUAAUUUAUUUAUGUUUUUGAAUGUUGUUUUUCAUGGUGAAAUAAGAAAUACAAAAACAGUAUAAUGAAGUGUUCAGUGACAUAGUAAGUUGUCAGAAGAUAGAUAAAAAAUUUAAUUAUUUAAGUCGAUGAAUAUUAAUAAAAAUGUUAAUAAACUACUUUAAAAUAAUCCUAUUUUACUAAAAAGUAAAAAAAAUUUUUGUGUAAGAAUUUAAAGGAAGAGCUAUAAAUUCAAUAAAUAAUAAAAUAAUUACAACAGAAUAUUUCUUCUGAUGGAUGGAUGGUAUUUCUUCUGACCCUCAACAAAGAGGGCAAAUACCCAAAUGACAAUACAGAGAGAGCAUAGACCUAAGUUAAGUAUCGGCAUUUAACAAGAAGGAAAUACGAUUAAAAAUGUCCCUGCGCUGGACCUUGAUGAUGGAUUGACAGAAGUAUUAAAUCAUCAAGAAAACAGCGGGGAGAGGCAUGACAAUUAUCAAGAAAAGAUAACAUGCUUAAAAUUGAAUCAGUAUUUGGUAAAUGUAAAUAUGAAUUUAAGAAAAUAUAUGUUAUUUAUUGAGUAAAUGCUUUCUUUAAAAAUAAUAUUUUGAAUCAGUAAUUUACUAUAACUUAUAUUUUUCUCCUAAAUAAAAAUCCUAAAUGGUUCAAAUCUAAAUUAUUGCGGAUGGUAUAAAUUUUUACCCUGCUGAAAUGUGUGGAUAUGCAAAGAAUUCAUUUAUGGGUGCCUGCAGUUCGUUUAUCUGAUUCCUGUUUUCAUUUGCAAUGUUAGAAUUUGUAAUAUACCACUGAUUUAUUUUUAAGUUAUAUGAGAAGGAGUUGACCGCACCCCUGAUCAACUCCUUCUCAUAUCAUAUCACGGUCAACCAUCUCUACAUAAUUAAGUUCUAGGUCAAAAAAAAAAUAAAUAAAAGAAAAUUGGAAAGUUAAAUUCGGUUUUAAUCAAAAUAUUUUUGAUUUAAUCGUACUCCUGAUUAUAGGAGAAAUGUUAUAGAAAAUUGCUAUUAACCAAACAUUGGCAAUAAUGAGGAAAAAAAUGUGCACAAAUAUGUAUGUGUGUAUGUCAUAUUUAGUAUAUAUAUUUGAAAUAUUAAUGACGCAGCAGGAUAUUGUUUGGAAUCUCUGCGUAGUAUUUGGACAAACAUGUGUAUGCUUGUGAGAACUUGGGACUCUGUAACCCAGGAAUUAUUUAUUUUUAUGGUGAAGGUAGCACCAAGUUAACGUAAAUUAAAACAUGUAAGAUGUAUGUGAACUACUAAAUAUUAUGUAUGUUCUGCCAAAUAAACAAAUAAAUUAACUUAUAUUAUAUUUGAAUUCGUU